AUUUAACAACGAACAAGAAGAACCGGAAAGGCGGUACGUUGACAGCUGACGUCAGUAAACCAAACAGAAAAGUUGUAUCGCAACAAACUAACAUUGGUAUUUGUAUUCGUAUUUGACAUCUUAGUACACCAUUUACAUGCUGUAGCACUGAAGGACUGUGUCUGAAGAGAGAUGUCCGAGCUAAGCGAUGAGGCCAGUGAGUCGGAGCAGCUGGGAGUCAGUCUCUCCCUCUGGCUGGGCGAGUCUCUGGUGAGAGCCGAGGAGCUGGACGUCCCUCUGGACCUGCACACCGCCUGCUCCAUCGGCCAGUAUGACGUGGUGGCAGAGUGCAUCAAAAGGCGUGAGGUGGACCUGAAUGGGAAGAACAUUGGAGGAUGGACCCCGUUAAUGUAUGCUUCAUACAUUGGUCAUGACAACAUUGCCAAUCUCCUGCUUGAGGCCGGUGUGAAGGUCAACGCCACCACCGCUAAAGGACAGACCCCUCUGAUGCUGGCGGCGAGCUGCGGGAAUGAAAGCAUCGCCUACUUUCUGCUUCAGCAAGGUGCAGAGCUGGAGCUGAAGGACUGCCGAGGCUGGACAUCUCUGUUUCACUGUACAUGUACGGGUCACCAGCAGAUGGUUAAGUUUCUGCUGGAUAACAAUGCCGAUGCCAAUGUGAGGGAGCCUGGGUCUGGAUUUACUCCCCUAAUGGAGGCUGCUGCUUCUGGGCAUGAAAUCAUUGUUCAGCACCUGCUUGAUCAUAAGGUUAAGGUAGAUGAGCGCAACGCCAAAGGUGAGACGGCGCGAGCCCUCGCCAUGACGUACGGCUACACCAAGAUAGCAAGCCUCAUUGACUCACGUUCUCCAAGGAACAAAGCAGGUACUUUCCAAGCAGCUUCACCUUUCAGUGAUGAUGUUCUAAUUUUGAGCAUUGUCUGCUGGACCUCCUCAGGACAUUUUGAAGACCUCAGCUCCUCUGAGGACUCAGACAGCGGCCCCCCUCGGCCACGACCCAGCCGCAGCCGAACUAAGGGCAUUAGCAUACACGACGGGCCACAAGCUAUCGCUAAGUUUAGAGUAGGAGGCGCUGGCAGGACUGGAGGAUCGUGUGAGCCUCGUACAGCACGUGCUGGCUACACGGCAUUCCGCGAUAUCGGCAGUCAGAGCGACGGCAUUUGCUAUCGCGACGUGACUUCGCCCAUCAACGAGCUGGACGGCCAAAGCAACAGCAGCAGAGGUGACAGUCCGUUCUUGGACAACGACAUGCCUACCAUGAGGAGCAGCAGUAGCAGCAGUGAGAGUCUACCUCCUGUCAACGGCUGGGAAGCCUCGGUGGAAAGUAACGAGGAUUCUGAUCAGUGCAAAAAGAGCAGCUCGCGCAGACUCAAUAAGGCUCAUUACUCCAAAGGCAAGAAUCGCCAUGUAGGCAGCGAUGCAGCGCACACUGGUGCUACAGGGGACUGUGGGACAUGCUCCCAUGUUCCAUCAUCCUACAACGGUCCUAAAGAUCUGGCUGAGUUCUUGGAACAUCUUGGCUUCUCAAAGUAUCUCCCUUUACUGGAGGAGCAAGACAUCGACCUACGUCUUUUCCUCACCCUGACAGAGAACGACCUAAAAGAGAUCGGGAUCACGUUGUUUGGACCAAAGCGUAAGAUGACGUCGGCCAUUGCCAGAUGGCACAGCAGCACUCGCCCUCCAAGUGAUGCUCUGGAACAGGCAUAUGCUGACCAGCUGGAAGCUGAAAUGCAGGAGAUGGCUAUCCAGCUGCACAAAUGCUGUGAGGAAGUGGAGGGUCUGCAGAGUCAGGUGUCUCAGGAGAAGGAGUUGCGCACCGUGAUGGAGGGAUGUCUGAUGGAAGACAAGGUGGCGUGGAGGAGGGUACAUGCAGAGCUAGUGGAGAACCACCGUCUGGCCCAGGAAAUGAACGCGACAUUAGCGAAGGCCAGAGUGUGUCGCACUGAGCUGGUUGCUUCAGUCACUGCUGACGGAUUUUUGAACGGCGUGGAAGUAAAACCAAAAGGUGACGCAGGUGAGCCGCUUGCUGGUAAAACGCUUUUUGAGACUUUUUCUUUUAACGUGACAUUUUACUCUGCUGGAUGUCCGACACGUUCCUGUGAAGUUGAGCUGAUGAAGAAAUUGGAUUCCUACCAAGAAGAACUCACGGGGACCUUGCAGACUGUCUUGCAGAGUCUGAGGCGAUUGAGUGCCUCUGAAAAAGUUUCAGAUAGUUGGGAAAGACCUUGAUCCUUGCAGAGGCUUCUGCCAGUGAUGACGGAGGGUGAGAUGACCACUCUAAACAAUGUCGCGUGCCAGAGACAAGGCCAGACCUGCCAGGCCAGAUACACAGGACCUGCUGGUCCUCUGGGAUCGGCGAACAGACGUGGGAACUCGGUCGAGGGUUAAGGAAAAGCAGGCAGGAGGGACACAGCCCUUACACGCCUGCGCACGUGUGCUCGCGCUGGUCGAUGAUCAGAUGUACUUUGAAGCACAUGUUGAAAUGCUGUGAAAUACUCUCAAGAAUGUGGUUUUACUUCUUAACCACUAAAUAAAGAGGCCAAGUGCAUCAAGUUUUUUUUAAUCUGUUCAGGUUAAGAAGUUUAAUUUCUGAUGAUUAAUUCACGGAAAACUGUUAAAAAUGUCCUGCUGAAUAUAUUCAAAUAAAAAUCUGUAACCCAAACAUAAUCUUUAACCUUACUGUCUUUUUAACUUUGAAUUAUUAGUUCAAUCUGAUUUUGAUCUCUUUUUUAAAAUGUUCUGAGCUGGUUUGGACUGAUUGGAAAUGUUUUCAUUUAACUUUGGCCCUAAUAUGUGAGUGUCAAUGUUGUCUUGUCUAUCUGUGUUGGCCCUACGAUGAGGUGGCGACUUGUCCAGGGUGUACUCCGCUUUCUGCCCGAAUGCAGCUGUGAUAGACUCCAGCACGUCGAGCGGGACAAGCGGUAGAAAAGGUAUGAAUAUA